GUCCUUUGGACACUUGCACAUCCAAAAAAUAUCUCCUUCCAGCAACAGGAUGCAGCCUUAGGAUUAGCUAGGCUCUCUUCUGAUUCUCCCCCAAGUUUUGCUGUUCUUUAUCUCAUGACCACGAUGAUCGCAGCUAGCUCCAUAGUGAAAGCCAACCUUCCUUGCUCGUCAAGGAUAUCCUCCAGCUCAGACUUCUCAUCUGGUCAUUCUUGGCGCCCAUUAGAGGCGGCAAAACAUUACCGGGCGCAUGGUGUGCGCUCGCUGCGGAUAACAUGUGCUGCCACUAAGACUGCGAAAUCUCCAGCUGAAGAAGAAUGGAAGAUCAAACGGCAACUCCUAGUAGAGAAGCGGGUACGUAGUGUUGAUGUGAAGGAAGCACUGCGCCUUCAAAACGAAAACAACUUUGUAAUUCUCGAUGUCAGACCAGAAGCAGAGUUCAAACAGGCUCACCCACCUGGUGCUGUUAAUGUACAAAUAUACAGAUUAAUAAAGGAGUGGACAGCAUGGGAUAUUGCAAGGAGGGCUGCAUUUGCUUUCUUUGGCAUAUUUGCAGGAACAGAAGAGAAUCCUGAGUUCAUAAAAAGCGUUGAAGAAAAACUUAAUAAAGAUUCAAAGAUAAUUGUAGCAUGUUCAGCAGGAGGAACAAUGAAGCCAACACAGAAUCUACCUGAUGGGAAGCAAUCUAGGUCUCUGAUAGCGGCGUACCUGCUGGUGCUAAACGGCUACAAGAACGUGUUCCAUCUGGACGGAGGCCUCUACACAUGGUUCAAGGAAGACCUGCCAUCUGAAGGAGAAGAAGAUUGAGCAGGAACUGACCUGUCAGUUAUUAGUUGCUCCGAUAUUGUUGUUGUUCAUACGGCAGCAGUUUGCGAUGAGUUGUAAUGUUGCGCGUUACGGAUAAAAUUGUCCGCACUAGUUUUGAGAAAAUCUCAUAUCCUUCCCAUCUUUACUUUUUGCUGGUAUGAAGGUGCGCUAGAUUUCUCUGGGAUGUCGAACUUACGCUCAGUGUUGUUUGAAUUGAGCUGCUGUUUUUGGCGAAAUUCAUGUGAA